AUGUUAAUUGUUUUCGGAAUUUCCAGUAUUUUGGCUGAAGAAAUAGAUUGUACACAUGCCGUAUGUCCGGGUAACUUUGAAUGCCCAAGAGAAUAUUCAUUCUACAAGUAUCCAGGUGUAUGUUGUUAUGACUGUGUGUUGGAUUGUAAUAGUGUCGUUUGUCCCAAAAAACUUACAUGCAAAGGAGAUGGUAAUCACAUAGUUAAAGCUGGUAAUAGAUUUUGUUGUGACCACUGCUAUUAUUAA